GCUAAACAGAACUCUGUUUCCCAGUCCAUAGUCCACCUUAUUAAUGCUGGCUAGUAAUUCCAUCAAUUCCCCCAUUAAUAUAUGUCUCUCAAGCUCCAAACUCUCUCAUCACAUUGAAACAUUCUUUUCUUCAGGAACUCCACCCUUAGUUUUCUCCUAAAUUUUCUACACCGACUAGUCGAUUUCACGGGAUUAACUCGGAAUGUUUAGGAUCCACCCUGCAGCUGUGAAUAGCAGGAGCAAGAUGUUCCUGGAAAGUGUCGGUGAGGAUGAAGCUGAGAGUCCGUGUCUGAACAAGCUCACUGUGUGGAAGAGGUCCAGCAUGGCUUUCCGAGGGACCGACGGGUUCACUGUGUUUGACCGGCAGGGGAAAUUGGCCUUUCGGGUCGAUAAUUACUCGAGGACGAAGAGUUGCAGUGAAGGAGGAGGGCUAGUGCUCAUGGAUGGAGCUGGGAAUGCUCUCCUAACUCUGAGACCACAGAUGUGGAGCAUUCACAGCCAAUGGAACGCAUACAGAGGAGAGAGCUAUAGCUGCAGCAGAUCAGGACAGAGCAUGACAAAGCUGAGAGUGUUCACAUUAAGGAGAUGCUCCCGCCAUCUCCUCCACAGCUCCAAGGCUGAGGCGGAGGUGUUCCUGAGAAAGGAAGCCGCCUGCCGGACCCUAUCUGGCCAGGCGCCUGACUUCACAAUUGAGGGAUCAUUCGAGAGGCGAAACUGCUGCAUCCGGAGGUCGAGCGGUGAGGUUGUGGCAAGGAUAGCUAGAAAGAGGGUGAAGAAUGGAGGUGUUGUCCUCUCGAACGAUGUCUUCAGCCUGGUGAUUAAGCCUGGGUUUGAUGCCGAGAUGGUCAUGGGAUUUGUGAUUGUGUUGGAUCGGAUCUGUCAUAAAUCUUAUGGGCCAGUUAUGUGUUCUUGAAUGUUGCUGUCAUGUACAUAUGUAUUUCCUAUCCGAAAUAUAAAUUUGCAAUACCAAAUCUCGCCUUCACCUUCU